GUAUGUGGCGUCCUCAAUCAGCUACAUCAGUCAUCAAAGUAUGCAUCAAAUUAUAAUUCCUCGUACUCAAAAGCCCUCAGUCAUAAAUUUUAAUUCGUAAAAAUGUCUACAAACAUGAAAGUUGUAGCGAAAAAUAAAAUUUUAAAUUUCAACUUUAACACCCUGUAUCUUUCUUAAUACAUAUUUACAUUUUAAGCAAACUGGCUUAAAUGGGAAUAUUUUGAAGUUUAGAGUCUACUGUUUCUUUUUGUACAAUUACUUACGGAUCACCCUGUAUAAAAAUAUGAACAAAAAUGGAGCAAAAAUGAUAUUUAUUUAAUACUUAGGUAUAAUUUAUUUCAUGAGAAGAUAAAAAUCGUGAUCACCAAUUUCGACAUGAUGUUUUUUAGUUAAUAAAAAUAGAAUUGGAUGCAGAUUAAGGAUUUAUUAGAUUCUGUAAUGAAAUAUAUUUAAAACAGUAAAUAUUCCAGAUGAAAAAUAAAGUGAUAACGACAGCUUACAAGGUACCUACCUGUAAAAAUAUAAUCCCUUUCUGAAUAACAUAAAACGUCAUUUUAUAAAAAGGUAACUAUGGAUAUUGUGAUUUGUCACGUUUAUUUCUUUUGAAAAUACACAACAAUAUUACUGUUUAAUCUCCUUGUCUCCCAAUAAUUUACCCAUUUCAUUGUUAAGUUAUAUUAUCUUCCUAAUUCAUUGUUUAGUUUUCGGAAAAUAUGUAAAUGUGCAGAACAGCCAACUCUUUAUCUCACUUUUCUUAACAUUGCUUUUAGGAAAGAUUAUUUAAAUAAGAUUUCAAAAGGUUUUACGACAUGAACGUGUAUUAUUAUAUUAUAUUGUAUUUUGGUAAUCCUAAGAUAGGCCCUUAAUUUUUGUAAAAUCGUAAAUCCUCUUUUAGUGGAUUUUUCAUAACAUCAUGAAACAUCUUUGUCCGAUAAUUUAGUAUAAAUACGGUAACUUACUCUUAAAAUUUUAAAUCAGUUUUAAGUGUAGUACUGAAAUAUUUCGAGGCCUGUUAAUAUUUGUGGAAGUGAUCUACGUACGAUGAAUAUGAACAAAAUUAAACAUAAAUAUAAGUUUCGUUCACGUACAGUGAAAUUAGUGAAUGAAGCCUUAAGUACAGAGUGCCAUUCUAAGCCUCUCGAUCAAUCAAGAUCAUCAAACGGUAGCGAAUAUACUCCUACCUGUUUCAGUGAUGAUUUGGAUGACUCAUAUGAAAUGCACUCUAUUUCUAUUGAAACAACAGAUGACAGUGUGGCAAAUAAACAACAAACAGAUUGUGACUUGAUGUAUGAAAAUGAUGCUAUUUUAGAUGACUCUACCCCUAAUCCAAUAUAUCAAGAACUUAUAGCAUCAUCUUCUCUCGAUAAUAUAGAAAAAUCAGCGGAUGAAACUAAUUCCUCACUUAUUGACAGUGUAUGUUUGAAGAAAAGAAGGAUACGAAGAAAACACAAUUGUAUUUACUGCGACAUCCCUGUUUUAAAUUUUGCUAGACACCUUGAAAGAAUUCAUAGUGAUGAACUUGAGGUUCAAAAAUACUUAUCUCUUGACAAAAAGGAUCCGAAACGAAAAUAUUUCAUUGAUAAAAUACGAAAGGAGGGAGACUUCUGCAUUGGCAAAUCCGUACCUGUGUUUCGUAGAAAUGUUUUAAGUAAUAGUGAUGAAUCUUCGACUAAUUCAAACAUGCUUCCAUGUAUACACUGUAAAGGAUAUUAUGCCAAAAAAUCGCUUCGGCGCCACAUUAGACGGUGCUAUUUUAAUGAAAAAAAGGCAACAGGAAAAGUACGACAUCAGUCCGAAGCCCAAAACCUAAUGGCUACUAAUUUUGGAUCAACCGAUCCACUAAGGACUUCGGGUGUUUUAAAUUCACUAGCUGCGGAUGACAUCUCUUUAGUAGCAAAGAAAGACAAACUUAUAUGCGAUGUAGGAAGGAAAUAUGUAAAAAGUCAUAAAGACAGACAUCUGAUUCAAGUAGCCAAACGACAAAUGCGGCGUUUAGCACGUCUUCUAAUACAAUCCAGGAAAAUUGAAAACAAUAGCAAUUUAACGUUAUUUUUCCUCCUACAUCCCUCAAAGUUUAAAACAAUUGUGUCCGCAACUCGGUCAAUUGCGAAUUAUAAUACCGAGAGCAAAUGUUUCCAGUCACCAUCACUUGCUCUUCAGAUGGGUACAUUAAUUAAAAAAGCAAUCAGUUCUGCUUAUUCUAUGGAGGUUCAAAGGGAUGUCGAUUCUGCUAAUAUUAAGAGCUUAGACGUCAUGAAAAAACUUAUCGAUGAUCAAUGGGCGUUAGAAAUAUCGACUGAAGCUGGACAGAAUAUUCAAAUCAAUCGAUUUAAUAAACCGACCCUGAUUCCCAUGGCUGAGGAUAUUGCUAAAAUGAAGACUUAUCUGGAUGAGCUUAUAACAUCUUCAAUAACUCACCUGGAUGAAAAUGUGAAUAACACACAAGCGUACAAAUGUCUGCUCGAGGGUACAUAUUGCAGCUUACUACUUUUUAAUAAGAGACGAGUAGGGGAGCUGCAGAGAUUACCUUUAGAUAUUUAUUUAAAACAUCAUGAUUCUCAAUCUUCUAAAGAGUUUGAGAAAGUCCUAACAGAAACCGAGAAAAUUUUAGUUCACUCUUUAAAACGCACAGUAAUAAGAGGUAAGAGAGGUAGAGGCGUACCUGUUCUGUUUGACAAAUUGACCAAAAGUGGAGUUGACACUUUAAUUAAAUAUAGGAAUAAUUUUUUUACCUCUUACAACGAAUACCUAUUUGGCAUACCGAAUACUAUUAACUGCAUCAGUGGAUAUCAUGUUCUCAGAAAGCAUGCUUCUAAGGUGUUGAAUGAUGCAAACAAAAUCACUACCCUCACGUCAACUCGCCUCAGAAAACACUUAGCAACAAUAAUACAAAUUUUAAAAAUGGAAAAGGGUGAACUAGAACAACUAGCAAAAUUUAUGGGGCAUACCUCAAAAACUCAUGAUGAGUGGUAUCGUCUCCCGUCAGACAUUUACCAAACCGCAAAAGUUUCCAAAAUAUUAUUGCUCGCUCAAAACACUAAUAUUGACCAAUAUAAAAAUCGAAAUUUAAAUGAGAUUGAAGUCGAUAACGAGAUAUUGGAAGACGCAAAAGAAGCUGAUAGUGACGAAGAAAAUACUAAUCAACCUAUUCUUCAACAAAAUGAAGUAAACAUCCCGUCACAAAAUAGAAUAAAGGAGAAAGGUAAACGUAUUUUAGUUCCAUGGACAAAAGAGGAAAAAGAACUUACGCAAAAAUUCUUUGCACGUCAUAUUAAGAAGAAAAUUCCGCCAAAAAAAAUGGAAGUUUUAAAUUUGGUAGAAAAGUAUCCAAAUGUUUUUAAAAACAGGAAAUGGGACACAAUAAAAGUAUUUGUACAAAAUAAAUAUAAAUCACAAUAAUUCAUUCAAGUGAUUACGAUUUUCAAUAAAAUAUUCUAUUACAA